AUGGCAAUCCCCUUUAAAACCAUCACAUUCUCGUUAAAAACACCAGCCGCGAUGCAUUUUACUCCAGCAGCCGCCGUUCUGGCGCUUGCCGUCGCCGUAUCUGCCAUCAUCAACACCCGCGGCACCGGCGAGCGUCAAGGCCCCUCCGCCGGCUUCACCACCAUGAACCGCAACAUCCAAUCCCAAGUCUCCGGCGGCAAAAUCUACAACACCGUCUACCCGGCAGCCUUCAGCCAGAACUCUGCCUCUGGGACCCGAGACAUCGUCAACAAAGUCCAAUCAACCCUCCAAACCAACCCAAACGAAUGCUUCCUCCUCCAAGGCUACUCCCAAGGCGCGGCCGCUACCGUCGACGCUGUCCCUAUGCUGACUGGCGCGAACUUCAAUGCCGUCAAGGGCGUCUUCCUCAUCGGUGAUCCGGACCACAAGGCCGGUCUCACCUGCAACGUCGAUAACAACGGCGGCACCACUACCCGCAACGUCAACGGUCUCCGUGCCCGUUGCUCAGCUGGGAUUCCGAGCACGUGGAUUAGUAAGACGUUGGAUGUGUGUAUCUUUGGUGAUGGGGUUUGUGAUACGACAAAUGGACGGGGUAUUGAUAGGCGGCAUUUGCGGUAUCCUAAUGAUGCGCCUACGCAGAGCUUGGGGACGACGUUUGGGGUUGGAAACUUGAGGGGAACUUCUUGA